UUUGCGAGAGGCAUCAUUGGUCACGACUGGCGUUUGCUGCUUGGCGCCGCGGAUGGAAAUGAUUGGAUGUGGACGCUUUGUGGCGUUUUGGGCGGGGUAGCUGAGCCUGAUCAUCCAUUUCACCGCGCACCGCGGUUUGCCAUCGUCCACGAGAAGCAUCAAUACUCACUCUCCACCUGCCACCAUCAGACACCAAGGGCACGACGUGGCCGCUACUGGGAGGGCCCUCGCACUGUUCGCCGAAGCGCAGCAUGCGCGACCUGACAACUUGUAUGAAUCUCGGUCUCGCCCAUGCAAGCUCUUAUGCCGGUAGCCAUGAUUUCCGGCAACCUCAGCCAGCGCAUCUCUUUAGCCGGAUGGACAGCCGCCCUUUGUCUCCCCAUCGGUGCGGUUGCGGUUUGGCUCUGGGUCUAUCCCGCGUUCACUCGUCCAAACCCCGCACCGUUGUCUCCGGCGGCGCCAACUUCGGAUCCAAAACGACCCACGCAAAAAGGCGUCAGCCUCCAUCAAGCCAACCCCGACAAGAAUAAGACAGAUACCCUCGAAGACGCCCUAGAGCCCGAAGAAAGUCCUACUCGAGAAAGAGGUGUUCCUCUUCGUGAAGCCAGUUCUCACCCUGAGCACGACCAACGCCGAAAAGAUCAGACAGAACCCGACAAUCCGACACAAAUCCACCCAAAAAGCAAGGGUGUCAAUCUCCGCCAAGUCUACCCUUCUCCCGAGAACAAGAUCGCAACUGACGUCGACAUUAUCGCCAUCCAUGGCCUCGACACGCAGUCGCCUGACACUUGGAUAUGGGAUCCGAAAGGGAUCUCCGUCAACUGGCUGGAAGACCCGCGCAUGCUGCCCAAGCGGUUUCCGACCGCCCGCAUUUUCACCUGCGACUGGCCUGCUGACCUCUUCGAGCAGCCAGGUUUCGUCCAAAAGAUGAUCGACGAGUUUGCUCGGCUGCUGCUCGCUGGAAUUAAAAGCCGGCCUCCAGCGACGAACGACCAACCCAGACGCGACCGGCCAAUUGUCUUCGUCGCGUCAUGCCUCGGUGGCAUCAUCCUGGCAAAGGCGCUUGUGAUGGCUAGCCGCGAGUAUGAAUCCGUGAAGCAAGCGACACGCGGCAUCGUCUUCCUUGCCACGCCCUUCCGGGGUACAUCGUUCCAACACGUUGCUACGUGGGCUGAGCCCGGUCUGAGGCUCUGGGCUUCGAUCCGGGACAAGAACGUCUCUAACCUGCUUGAGCUCGUGAAAUCUACUUUCGACCUUGGAGAGCUUGUCCGCAGCUUCACUGCUCUCUGCCAAAAAAGCGAACUUACAGAACAUGUAUUUAUCUUUUACGAGACCGGCAAGUCAAGUCUCCCACGCAAAGUAGCUCCCUGGCUCCCCGCCUCUUUGUCUCAAGAGCAACCGCUGGUUGAUAGUGCUUCUGCGACCCUGGACAUGGUCUCACAUCCAUUACCCCUUAAUCGGCCCCACGUAACCAUGAACAAGUUUUAUGGUCCUAACGAUCCGGAAUACGUUUCUGUUACUAGGGUGAUUGACAUUCUUCUUUGCGACAUUCGUAACGGCCAGCCUAUUGAGAAAGCAGACCUCUGGAUCCGGAAUAACUGCUAUUCCCUGGCAGAGCUCAAGAUCGAACGACUCUCGGGCGACCUGCUUCCGAUGGAUCGGUGCUACAUUAACCUUGCUAUUGUGGAGCAACCCGGCGACAAGACUAGCCGCUCAGACGAAGGUACAGCGCAAAAGGGUUCUCCAUUUUCACUCCUCGCUAGACUGAAGGUUGAGACACCGGACAAGACUAUCGAGGUCACACUGCCGACUCUAUUUAAUCCCCGCAAGGCGCGCGACGGCGAGGAGCGACUACCGCGUCGGAUCCUGAUUCGUGGACGAGCAGGAGUAGGCAAGACCACUCUAUGCAAGAAGAUUGUCUAUGAAUUCACGCAUGGCGAACAGUGGCAGGAGUGGCGGGACUUAUUUGAUCGUGUCCUUUGGGUGCCCCUGCGGAAUCUGAAGCGGGACGAGCGACGCCGCAUCGCUGGAUAUGACAUGCCAGAUCUGUUCCGACAUGAGUACUUCUCCCACACUCAAGGCGAAGUCCUUGCCGAUGCAUUAUGCCAAACGUUAGAAGACACCAAAAGUGCCAGAACUUUGUUUCUGCUCGACGGCCUCGACGAAGUGUCUCAAAAUUUGGGUGACAGCGAUAUGCUCCGCUUUCUUAAGAAACUCUUGAAUCAGCCUAAUGUCAUCAUCACGUCUCGGCCAAACGCAAUGCUUCCUUUUGGUCUGGAUCCUAUCCAACUGGAGUUAGAGACUAUCGGAUUCUAUCCCGACCAAGUGAGGGCCUAUGUGGAAAAGGCCUUUACCGAUCCAGAAACGGGCGAAACGGAUCCAGAAAAGCCAGGCAAGAUUCAGUCGUACCUCCAAGAGCACCAGCUAGUCCAAGGACUUGUGCGGAUCCCUGUUCAGCUGGAUGCGCUCUGUUACACCUGGGGCAGCUUCGGCGAUAAGCCUAUCCCGCAGACCAUGACAGCCAUCUACAGAGCCAUCGAGGAAAGUCUGUGGAAGAAGGAUAUCGUGAGGCUGGAGAAGCGGACUGCAGGUCAAAUACGCGUUGCUCGCCGGCCCGAGAUCAAAAGUUUUGUCAAGGAUGAGGUCCAUAUCCUUGAGCUUCUCGCCUUCACCGGCAUGUAUAACGAUCUCAUAGACUUUGAGCCAAGGCAUCGCGACGCUAUAUCCGAACAGCUCAACGCCACUGGGACGAACCUGUGUUUUGACGAGAUUCUCGGACACCUUUCUUUUCUACGAUCGUCGGAUCCCUCCUCAAAUGACGUCGAUCGAAAUUACCACUUCCUACACCUCACCUUUCAAGAGUAUUUUGCAGCGCGGUAUUUUAUACGACACUGGGAAGCUGAACAACAGCUCAACUGUCUGCAACUCAGCGAUGGAGAUUGUAACAGUAUUAAACCGGUUAAACCUGCGACUUUCCUUCAGAAGCACAAGUAUGAUCCUCGUUACGAUAUCUUCUGGCGCUUUGUCGCCGGCUUACUUGACGCUGAUGGGAAGGCACUCGGCAUCUUCCAGACGAUUGAGGAGGAGCCACGCGACCUCCUGGGCCCUACACAUCAGCGACUGGUCAUGCAUUGCCUAAGCGAAGUCGAGCAGAAGAAGAAGUCGACUUUCACGGAACUUCGGGCGAAGCUAGAACAACAACUGGAAGAGUGGCUGCUGUUCGAAUGCGAUUUCACGAAAAGUUCCGGCUUAGCCCAAGAAAUGGAGUGUCCAGAGCAGACGAGCAGCAGUGCCAUACAGUGUCAUAAACGUCGCAUCUUCCUGGCUAAGUGA